ACGAAACUUCACAUAAACAGUGCGCGAUCACGUGAUUUUUCAGAAAAGAUGGCCUUUCUGCAAUGGAGGAGGUUCAACUUCUUUGACAAGGAAAUUCUUAAGGACACAGAGAGUGACCAGGUCUAUGACAAAUUAAAGGAUGUGAACAUCUCGGCCUGUGUGAGUGGGCGGGGCCAGCUGAUCGUGGGGGACCAUGAAGGUUAUGUCUACCUGAUCAACAAACAGCUGAGCCUCAACAUGUUCAAGGCGUACGAGAUCCGAGUGUCGCACCUGUACCAAUUAAAACAGCACAAUCUCCUCGUCUCCAUAGGGGAAGAUGAACAGGGCAUUAACCCUCUUAUCAAAGUCUGGAAUUUAGACAAGAUGGAAAAAGGAGGACCUCUUUGUACCAGAAUUAGCAGAGCCAUUCCCAAUAACAAAGCUACACCAGUUACAUGUUUAGUUGUCCAUGAAAACUUGAACUGGAUGGCAGUAGGCUUUGAGAAUGGGAGUGUCAUGCUAUUCAAGGGCGAUGUAACCAGAGACAGGCACAACAAGUCCAGGAUUGUCCAUGAAACCUCCAGGCCAGUAACUGCCUUGGAGUUUAGAACCCAGGGCAAAAAUAUUUUCCUAUUCGUGGUGACAGAAGCUAGUGUUGUCUCCAUCAAUAUCUCAGGGAAACAAGACGCCAAGAACACACUGGAACAGUUUGGUGGUAAGCUGGGCGGUGUGGUAAUGAGUGACCACAAUCAGGACAACCAGCUCGUGGUGGCCAGGCCAGAUGCAGUGUAUUUUUACCAGUCAGAUAGCAGGGGACCUUGUCUCGCCUUUGAAGGGGAGAAGUUACGCCUCCACUGGUUCAGGAACUAUCUGAUCGUAGUCGGCAAAGAGGACAAAACUCUGCCAAGGCCUGUACAGUUGGGAGGACAGACCAUGGAGAUGAACAUCGUCACUGUGUACGACAUCCAGAACAAGUUCAUUGCUUACUCUGCCCCCUUUCCUGAUGUCAUCGACGUCCUCUCUGAGUGGGGCUGUGUGUACAUUCUAGGAGGAGACAGAAAGAUAUAUCAAUUGCAAGAAAAAGAUACUCAGACCAAAUUAGAAAUGUUGUUCAAGAAAAAUAACUACACACUAGCCAUCAGUCUGGCUAAAAGUCAGCAGUACGACCAGGAGGGGCUGAUAGACAUCUUCACGCAGUACGGGGAUCAUCUAUACAGCAAGGGGGACCACGACGGAGCCAUAGACCAGUACAUCAAAACCAUCGGCAAACUCGAGGCCUCCUACGUCAUUCGGAAGUUUCUAGAUGCCCAGAGAAUCCACAACCUGACUAAGUACCUGCAGGCCCUCCACAAACAACAGCAGGCGACGGAGGAACACACCACACUCCUCCUGAACUGUUACACCAAGCUCAAGGAUGUCAACAAGCUCGACGAAUUCAUCAUGACCAAGGACCGGGAGGUGGACUUUGACGUAGAGACAGCCAUCAGGGUCUGUAGACAGGCAGGCUACUUCGAGCAUGCUCUGUUCCUGGCCGAGAAGCACGGUAAACACGAGUGGUACCUUCGGAUCCAGCUCGAGGACAUCAAGCAGUACCAGAGGGCACUCCAGUACAUCAGCAAGCUCGAGUUCUCCGAGGCUGAGAAAAAUGUGAAGAGAUAUGGAAAAGUGUUGAUGGCAGAGGUGCCCCAGGAAACUACAGAGCUGCUUAAAAGACUGUGUACGGACUACCGCCCGACGGACAAGCCACUAGUUGACCAAAAUAUGUAUGAUGGAACAGUUGGCCACAUUGAGAAGGCGCAGGCAGAAAACUUCAUCCACAUCUUUGUCAACAACUCGGAAAGGUUGACUGAGUUCUUGGAACACAUGAUUAGGGUCCAGCCUAACUCUCCGAGUCUACUCUACAACUCCCUGUUAGAGCUGUACCUACAUGACAUUGUACACGAGACCGACAGCAUGAAAAAAACAGAGCGAGUGAGGAAGACAGAGGAACUACUCAAGAACCCAGAUGCCAAGUAUGACUUAGACCAGGCCAUGGUUCUGUGUCAGAUGAACGACUUCAAGGUCGGGAUUUUGUACCUGUAUGAAAAAGCCCACCUAUACCAGCAGAUACUGAGGUACCACAUGGAGCAUGACGACUAUGUAAACGUCAUAGAAACCUGUAAAAAGUUUGGACAACAAGACUCUAACUUGUGGGUACAGGCGCUAUCAUACUUUGCCAGGAAGGAGGAUGAUUGUAAACCUCAGCUGAUGGAGGUCCUAUCCCAAAUAGACAAGAAGAACCUUCUGCCUCCAUUACUUGUGAUUCAAACCUUGGCCCAUAAUUCCACAGCGACAUUGUCUGUUGUUAAGGACUAUAUCAUUCGAAGGCUGCAGAUGGAAAAUGACCAAAUCGCCGAAGACGAGAGGUUGAUAAAGCAGUACAGAGAAGAUACGGACAAAAAGCGGGCGCAAAUCGAGGAACUGAAGACAACGGCCAAGGUAUUUCAGGCUUCCAAGUGUAACAUUUGUAACCACCCCCUGGAGCUGCCAUCUGUUCACUUCUUGUGCGAGCCCCACUCCUACCAUCAGCACUGCUUUGAAAGUUAUGCUGAAAACGACUCCGAGUGUCCAGUUUGUGCUGCAGAAAACAGGAAAAUCAUGGAUAUCAUUCGAGCCCAGGAACAAAGCCGAGAUCUUCACGAACAGUUCCAUAAUCAGUUACAAAGAUCUCAAGAUGGCUUCUCAGUGGUGGCAGACUACUUUGGGAGAGGAGUUUUCAAUAAGGUGACCCUGAUCACGGAUUCACCUGCCAGACAGACCUCUAAAUCCCCGGCCACCAGCCGGUAUGUGUAGAUUUCACCGGGUGGCGGGUGAUGCCAGUAAUGGUUACCCAGGCAGCGGUACAGCAGACCCCAGGAGUCGUGAUGACUUGCCUGACACACAAACACACUACCGGAGCUAGAUCUGGGACUCCUCAGUGCAAUAUUGUUAUCUUGUGAUCGCUUUGUUUCAGCAAACCUAAGUGUAAUUGUUUUGAAUGGAUUAUAUGUAUAUAAUUAUUAAAACAUUUGAUGUUUUUAACAA